UAUAUAUAUAAUUCUAAGAAAUAUUAUGUUAACCGCUAUUUUAGACCGAUAUAUCACCGAUAUAUCGAAUAUCGGUCUUGACCGAUAUUUCGUAUUCUGACCAAUAUAACAGCAUAGAAGAGGAAUACUAUUUGAAGUCAAAGACUCAAAGGUUGGUGAAAGGAUGAUAAUGUUUUGACUUUUAAAGCCUUUUAGUCCUUGGUAGAUAUUUAUUAUAGAUUCUAAGCUGAAAUUUGGGGCAUUAAAGAAAGUGAUUGGUCAAUCUUUCGCUCAUUCCUUCAUGAUGGAUGGUUGAUCUAUUCAGUGGUCGAACCUUUCAAGCUUUCCUGAAUUCUGUCUGUCACAGUAUGAUGAAUUGCAGUCUUAAAUUAUCGUUGACUAAAUCAAACUUGCAAUUAAAAUCCUUUGACUUAAAUUUAUCCAUCCGACUCCUUGAGCCAAAGGAACCAAGUGCGAACCCUUUUCGUAACUCUCUCCUUUUCCUUCAACUCGUGGUUCAUAUCCAUCGUGGAUGACUCUAAGUUAUUUGAAUCGUUCUUCUUUGAGGUAGAGGAAAAGUUUGCAUAGAUCUCACCUUCCAUAUACCUUUUUAAGUUAUAUUGGGUAUGUGAUAAUAUAUAAUAAAUCUAACAUCAUAAAAGUAUCAACUCAUUGCUUCACCGUUUACCACCAUAUGGGUGAUGAAUAGAUGAGAUUAUCCAAUGGAUGUGAUUAAAAAGAUGGUUACAAUCGUUUUUAUUAGAGCCAAACGAGUUAUACCAAAAACCAAACAUUUUGUUCUCUUCAAUUUACGUCCGUAUUUUUUUUUACUUUUUAGCCAUUUUUUUGCUGUCAUUUUCACUCGAAAGUAGAGUUGGGACUUAGACUUAUCAGCAUCAACAACUUUUCUAACCCUUCAAAAACGUUAUAGCCUUUGACUCUAAGCAUUUUUUCUUGGAAAUGAGUGACUUGGACUAUUAUUGGCAAACACAAAACAUUACAUUCAUAUGAAACACUAUAUAUAUAUAUAUAUAUAUCAUGCAACACACACUAGAUUCAUUGAAGAUGAAAACAAAUGGUACUCUUAGUUUGUGCUUGUUGAUGCUGAUCAUACUAGGUUCUUUUGCUACAAGCAAUGCUGUUGAGUCGGACAUCAGUUGCCUUAGAUCCAUCAAAGAAUCUUUGGAAGACCCUUUGCAGAGGUUAUUUAAUUGGAAUUUUGACAACUCGACUCAAGGUUUCAUCUGCAGCUUUACUGGUGUCGGGUGCUGGCACGAUGAUGAAAACAAGGUUCUGAACAUUAGGCUAUCAGACAUGGGACUUAGAGGUUCAUUUCCAAUGGGCUUAAAGAACUGCACAAGCAUGACCGGAUUAGAUCUUUCUGGCAACGACAUCUCAGGACCCAUUCCUUCUAACCUCACAGAUGUUUUACCCUUCAUCACGUCUUUGGAUCUCUCCAACAACAAUCUCUCGGGUCCAAUUCCACCUAGCAUUUCCAAUUGCAGCUUCAUCAAUCUUCUGAAGCUUGACAGUAACCACCUAACAGGCCAAAUCCCUCCUGAAAUGGCUUAUCUUAAUCGCAUCAAGGUGUUUAGUGUCGCUAACAACGACUUAUCAGGACCUGUACCCUUAUUUCGCAGCAUUAGCAUCGUCUCUGCACAAAGCUAUGCAAACAACUUAGGACUUUGUGGAGGUCCCUUGGACACCUGUGAACAUGAAGACGGUGAUGAUCUCUUUCUUAUAGGGUUUGUGGUUGGAUUUCCUAUUUUUACAAUCUUGAGUAUGUUGUUUAUGUUCUGUUCACCUGCACUGAGUAUCGACAACAUGUUAUCUUAUCUUCUUCUGAUCAAGAACAUAGAGAGAAGGUUGCAUCACCUGAUUCCAAGAAGCCCCCAAAUCCUAUUGGAAGGGGAAAGUAGCAGUGAUGAGGGAACGGUAAAGUCCUCUCACUCUCUAUCUCGUUCAUGUAGUUAUAUGUUUAACACACAGGUAACUGCCAUGGAAAAGUUAAUCCACCGACUGAGUUUGGUGGAACUUGAAAUGGCCACCAAUGAGUUUAGUGAUAAAAACGUAAUUGGCCAUGGAAACAUAGGAGUCAUGUACAAGGGCGCAAACCGAGCCUUGUACAUGACUCAGUGUGUUUUCGUUGCCAAUUACGUUUUUAUCGUCAAAAUCAUUUCACAAAACUCAAUCAACGGAUAUAAAUUUUUCCAUCACAGUUACGUGGUGACGGUUUUAUGCCAAGUGGAAUUCAAAAGAUCCUCCGAGUCCCAUGCUCAAGAUUCACGACCCCGUUCUCAUCAGUAUUCGACACCACGAAAGCGACAGACGAACCCAUGUUUUGUCGAAAUUCUAGCCGGUAAAUAA